AUGGAGUUGAGAUGGUUGUUUGUAGUUGUUAUAGGUGCAUGUAGCAUUGGGUUAGGCGAGGGUGGGCAUGAACAUGAUGAUUACAGAGAGGCUCUCACCAAAAGCAUUAUUUUCUUCGAGGGGCAGAGAUCUGGACACAUUCCCACCAACCAGAGGCUAACAUGGAGGUCUCACUCUGCUUUAGAAGACGGUAAAGCCCAAGGGGUUGAUCUAGUUGGAGGUUACUAUGAUGCUGGAGACCACGUGAAAUUUGGUCUUCCCAUGGCUUUCACUGUGACUAUGCUCUCAUGGAGCACGAUAGAGUAUGGUAAGCAAAUGGAGGCAAAUGGUGAGCUCUCCAAUGCCAUGGAUGCCAUACGAUGGGGCACAGACUACUUUAUUAAAGCUCAUCCUGAGCCCAAUGUCUUCUAUGGAGAGGUGGGUGAAGGAAUUUCAGACCACUAUUGUUGGCAAAGGCCCGAAGACAUGACGACGUCGAGAGCAGCAUAUAGGAUUGACACUGCUAACCCCGGUUCGGACCUUGCAGGAGAGACCGCGGCUGCAAUGGCGGCAGCAUCAAUAGUUUUCCGACGAUCUGAUUCAUCGUACUCUCUUACAUUGCUCAAUCAUGCCAAACAGCUUUUUGAAUUUGCAGACACUUACAGAGGAAAGUAUGACAGCAGCAUCAAGCCUGCUCAAAAAUAUUACCAAUCCACUAGUGGAUACGCGGAUGAAUUGCUUUGGGCUGCAGCAUGGCUUUACCAAGCAACUAUGGAUUCGUAUUAUUUGGAUUAUUUGGCGAAGAAUGGGGAUUCACUUGGAGGGACCACAUGGUCAAUUACCCAAUUUAGUUGGGAUGUUAAAUAUGCUGGAGUACAAGUGCUCGUCUCUAAAUUUCUAAUCCAAGGAGUGCCACCUGCAUACACGUCAACUUUUGAGAAAUACAAAAGUCAAGCAGAAUUCUUCAUGUGUUCUUGCAUUGGGAAAGGCUCAAAAAAUGUGAGGAGAACACCAGGAGGGUUGCUCUUCAGGCAAACUUGGAACAACUUGCAGUUUGUCACCACUGCUUCAUUCUUAUUAACUGUUUACUCUGACAACUUGACAUCUGCUCGGAAAGCAGUCACUUGUCCUCAAGGAAAUGCGGCACCUUCGGAGCUUCUUGUCUUCGCUAAGUCUCAGGUGGAUUACAUAUUGGGGAACAACCCUAGGGGGACAAGUUACAUGGUGGGGUAUGGAAACAACUACCCAAAGAGGAUACACCACAGGGGAUCCUCCAUUGUGUCCAUCAAGGUGGACCCCACAUUUGUCAGCUGCAGAGGAGGCUACGACACGUGGUUCUCCAGCAAAGGCCAAGAUCCCAACCUUCUAGUAGGGGCUGUGGUUGGUGGGCCCGGUCCUUACGACGACUUUGCUGAUGUUCGCAACAACUAUGAGCAAACUGAGCCCGCCACUUACAACAACGCACCAAUGCUCGGUGUCCUAGCACGAUUGAGUGGUGGCUAUGGGAAUUUGAACCAGCUUCUUCCAGGUGCUCUUCCAAGCCCUCCACCACCAAAAACAGCUCUUGCUCGGAGACAAGCUCCAUCACCUCUCCUGAUCUCACAAACUGAGACUCAUUCAUGGCUCCUCAAGCAAAAGACUUACUUUAGAUACACUGUCACUGUCACAAAUCAGUCCCCAAAGACAGUCAAGAAUUUGAAGCUAUCCAUAACGAACCUUUACGGACCCGUCUGGGGGUUAUCAAAAUCCGGCGAAUUCUACAUGUUUCCAACAUGGGUGACAUCUUUGGGACCCCAAGGAAGGUUAGAGUUUGUGUACAUCCAUGCAGCCCCUCUUGCUACCAUAACCAUCAGCAGAUACGACUUGGUCUAAUAGGAAGCCAAGAUUAUAUCAGUGACAAAAAUUGUGUCAAUAAAAUGUGGACUAUAAUGAGGACUAGCAUUGUACAGGCUCAUGAGGGAGAGACAGAGAGAAGAGUGGGUAUUUGAUUUUGCUCAUCCCUGUUCUCCUUCUAAAGGGAAUGCACAAUUGAGGCUCCAUAUUUCCCUUGAGAUUUCCUUUACUUUGAAGGAUUUGAGGCUGCAUAAAAAAAGUUGGGCAAAGAUAAAGAGAUGGCAUUUUGACAUGCCUAAGUUCAUGUAUAAUGUUUGGGUAAAUAUAAUUCAUUAGUGAAUCAUGU